CGGGAGCCUUGCCCUCAUCGUAUUUUCGACGACAUCGGGGGCGCGUUUGCGAUGGGUGUAGUAGGCGGUGGAGCUGUGAAUUUGCUCAAGGGUUUUUAUAAUUCACCGAAAGGUCACGUCAUUGCAGGUGGUUUUGAGGCUGUGAGGCGCGAGGCUCCCAAGAUCGGUGGUAGCUUUGCUGUUUGGGGUGGUCUCUUCUCAGCUUUUGACUGCACCCUCGUGGCACUGCGUCGCAAGGAAGACCACUGGAAUCCUAUCAUUUCUGGCGCACUAACCGGUGGCACGUUGCAGCUGCGAUACGGUCUUUCAUCCGCGGGGAGAUCAGCAGCAUUCGGGGGGUUUCUUCUCGCAGUCAUCGAGGGUAUUUCUAUAAUGCUAACGCGAGUCACUGCACCGCCCCCUCCAGUACCCCAACCAGUUGAUUUGCACACUGGUCCUGCUGCUAACAUGCCGACUCCGCCCGUCACUGUCAAUGAAAGUGCCUCGACUGAAGGUUUAAUGCACGCCUCCUCAGACGAUAAUAUACAAAAACGCAGUGGGUUUUGGUCGGAGAAAUUAGGCGGAGGUGGUAAAGAGAGAGACAAACAACACCGGCAAUUUGUAGACCCUGAAACAAAGUAA